AAUAAUAAUAAUAAUAAUAAUAAUAAUAAUAAUGAUAAUAAUAACAAUAAUGAUAAUAAUAACAAUAAUGAUAAUAAUAACAAUAAUGAUAAAACCGCGAGGGUUAGAAAUACCAAGUUGAGAUCUGGCGCGGGAUAACCUCUCUCCGGCUAUGGGUCAAAUAGCAUCUUCACCAAUAUGAGUAGUAGAAAUACAAAGAAUUCAUACCGCAUCGCCCGUCGUGCAGGUCAUCAAGGAGCGCGUCCUUCAGUGAGUGGUCAGGCUGAGGUCGAAAAAUUGGCUACUGAUCUACCCUCUCCACCUGCAGUGGCGGCCAACCCAACUGAGAGUCUCUCCCAAGAGGGUCCUUCCUCACCAGAUCGGGCAGGUAGCAACACAAAAAGAACAAACACCAGACAGAAAUGGCACGAGAGGAUUACACUGAAGUCAUGUUUUGCUAAUAUAAGGCAAAGACAGGCCCCAGUGAAGGUGUAACAAAAGAUACAAACAGAAUAUGGAGGGAAAGAAACCCAAGUGAAAGGCCCAAUUUAACAGACAACGCGGUGAUGAACCAACGAAGAUCUUUUGAAAAACAAAACAAACUAACAAGGAUUGAGCUAGAUAACAUUAAGCAACGGAUUGAAAAUUAA